UUUCCAACCAAUCAUAGAGCGAGAUUAAUAAACCUACUUCCUGUUGACUCCACUUGCAUUACUGUUAAAUUUAAGCUAAGCUAGUUAAAAUUAUGAAUGCUGUCGGUCGUUCCAGAGCGCUUUUAUCGUUGUUGUGUAGAAGUCGUGGGUUAUUAGAACAAAAGUGUGUGUUUAGAGCCGCAUGGUCGUCAGCUCUUCAUCCACAAAGCCACCACGCAGCGGCUCUCAGGUGUCACGUUGACACUCGAAGGUGUUACAGUGACUUCGGCGGUGAAAACAGACUGGUGGAGGGCACGUCGCAGGAGCUGGUUGUCGAAAUGGACCAUAAAGACGACCAAAACAGCUCACCGGGUCACGGAUACUCGGAGAGGUUCAACCUGGAUGUUCUGGUGUCUCUUCUCCGUCAAGAGAACGCUGUGGAUAUGUGUGUGAUCAAAGUCCCGGAGCAUAUCAAAUAUACAGAGUAUUUCAUUGUUGUUAGUGGUAUUUCACCAAGACACCUGCGUGCAAUGGCACUGUAUGCAAUCAAAGUGUACAAGUUUUUGAGAAAAGAUGGAGAUCCAAAUGUCAAGAUUGAGGGAAAAGAUGCUGAGGAUUGGAUGUGUAUUGACUUUGGUAAUAUGGUGGUUCACUUCAUGUUGCCAGAGACCAGAGAAAUAUACGAACUAGAAAAACUCUGGAUUCUUCGUUCGUACGAUGAGCAACUGAAGAGCAUCCCUCCAGAAGUGCUACCAGAAGACUUCAUGUAUGAUAUGGAUAUCACAAAGUAACAAAUAAACUGUCCCCCAAGAAAAUGAGUCGAUGGAACUUUGAAUAUUCUACUAAGAAUAUGGAUGUAAUUACAAAGUGUUUUAUUCAUUAACUUGGUGGGAAGUUUUUUUUAUACUAUCUGUUCUAUCAGUUAACAUAAUGAAACAGAUGACUGUAUUUUAAAGAUAAAUGAGCAAUAAUACCAUGUGGAUAUUUAAAUAAUGGCUAGUUUUAUGGAAAGUUGGAAAAAAUAUUAAAAAAAA